CCUGAAUUCUGAAUAUAAUUUCACUAAUAACAUAAGUAAACUUGGACGAUGAGAAGUCGUGAGCCGGCUUAGCCUAAAUUUAUUCAGUACAGCAUGCACAAUCCUGUGAUGAUGUAGACAAGUGAAGUUAUGUCCGUUUUUUGUGUUAUUUGCUUGGUGAUCCUAUUAUUGGCAUGCGGACACAACGCGAUACACAGAAGACAGAAGCGAUAUCUGUUGUUCACGAAGGACACUCAGUGGGGGGUUUUCGUUACCCUGUCAAUACCCCUUCACCCGGAAACAACGGUCAGCGUCGCAUGGUUCUUCGAAGCUAAUUACUACAAUGUUGACAAUUCCACCUAUUUCGAACCGCUCUUAGGAGAUAUAAAUAUCGCAAGGAGCCGUAACGAACGUAAUGCCGAUUUGAUGAGUGAUUUCACGAGGCGCAGACUUUAUUUCCUCAUUGAAAGAGUACUGGAACAACACGACUACAGUGGACGGGCGUGCUUAUUGAGGGUCAUUUGUGAGAACGGAACUUCCAAUCUGUUGCAUAGCGGUGUUUUAGGAGAUAUACUGCAUUUGAUACUAACUCCUUCCACAUCUAUGGCCGAAGACAAUCUACCCGACUGUUACUAUGAAGCCGAAUAUUAUGGUUUGGAUGAUCGUUGCGAAAAAUACACGGAAUCGUGCCCAUCUAGUCCUUUAGAAGUGAUCACGACAUUUAUUGACCGAUUAAUAUAAUAAUUUUAUUCGUAAGUUGUUUUAGCUGUAAACAAAAUUUUAAUGCGUGUUUUGGAUUUUGCUAAGUGUCAUCAAUGUACGCUUUCUAGUAAUUGGACUAUGCUUUUAAAAAUAAAACAUUGAGAUGUA